GUAGGACUGAUAACACGAGGAAAAACCAAGGUUAACACAAGAUGGCAGCGCCCAUGUCGAACCAACUGUCAAAAAAAUGUUUUCGAGCUUGCGCUCGAAUGAAGACACUUUGUCAUCAAAUAAGUUCGACGUUUUCACAUUCAAUAAAAAAUCAACAAUCUGAAAAACCUACACCGUUGGCAUAUUGCACCAAUUUAGUGAAGAAGUGUGAUUAUGAGAACUUCCUGUGCACUCUGCUGUAUGACAAGCAAUGCCAGGCAGCUGCAUUGGCCCUCAGGGCUUUCUACAUUGAAUUAGCUCAGGUACCUGAUGUGACAACAGAUCACAUGAGAGCGUUGUUGAGAUUUCAGUUCUGGAAAGAUUCUCUUAAUGCAACCUUUGAGGGUAAACCACCACAGGCACCUAUAUUGCUGGAACUCUCCCAACAUAUUCAGAAGAAUCGACUAUCCAAAGCAUGGUUUACCAGAAUACUGGACGAAAGGGUGAAGCAAACUGAGACAGAUAAGUUCCGAAGUUUGAAGGAUGUUGAAGAUGCAGCAGAAAAUACAGUGACCUGUCUGAACUAUUUACUUUUGCAAACUAAAGGCAUAGCAGACUUGAAUGCGGACCAUGCUGCCAGUCACCUGGGCAGAUGUCAAGGGCUGGUCACCCACCUACGAGGUGUUCGCUAUCAUGCCACCAGGGGCAAGGUCUACCUUCCUAUAGAACUGAUCAUAAAGCACAAAGUUUCACAGGAGCAGGUUCUUCGACAGAAAGAUGAUGCAAGUCUGAGGGACUUAGCUUAUGAAGUUGCCAGUCAAGCUCACAUACACCUGGAAAAGGCUCGAGGUUUUAAAAACAAGGUUCCCAGGGAUGCCUACCCUUUCUUCCUGAACUCAGUGAUCUGUGAGAAAUAUUUGAAAGACCUUCAACUUGCAAACUUCAACAUCUUCCACGAGAGUCUUUAUUUAUCACCAACAAAACAGAGAUUGGCUUGGAGAUUGCUUGUGCAAAAAUACUUAAAAAGGACUUAUUAGGUUUGGAAAUUUGUCAUAAUUAAAGUGACACUCCCUAAAAUAUAUUAUUUGUGAUGUGUGCAUUUAUUUUUGCCAGCAUUUUGUGAUUAGAGCAGUGUUUAAACUGUGCAAUCCAACAGGAUUCAGUUGAAUUCAGAAAUCUGUUGUGAGUAAACCUCUUGUUUCUUCUGCAGUCUAGGAGUCAGUUUAUCUAUUUAUUAUGUAGAUAUUCAUAGUAAAAUAACAGAGUAUUUCCACAAGGAAAUACAUACUUCUGGAUAGGAAUUUCAAAGUAUUAAAUAGUUCCUGUAAUCAAAGGCUUUGAAAGCAGGCUAGAUUGAUGUGUUAUGUAACGUAAAUAUCCAUUAUAUUCUGUGCUACAAGAGGAAAACCUGUUCCAUUUGAAGACAUGCAAUUUACCAUUGUGUGGGUCAUACAAAGUAAACAUUCUCAUUAUGUGAUUUAUUUUUCCUUUGGGAAAAUGUAAAUAUUUUGUAUAAAAUAAUUGUUUACAACAG